GCAUAAGUGUGUAACUAUAUAAGUUGGUUGACCCCUAAAUAAGGGACGAAGAAGAGUUUGACGCAAUAGUGAGCAAACGAGAAGUAAAAUGAAGUGCCCGUACUGCUCGGCCGGACAAGGCCGUUGUGCGACAACAACCUCCCGUCGUUCAAUCACGGAGUGCACCUCCUGCGGGCGCGUGGUGGAAGAGCGCCAAACCCAAUUCCACCACCUCUUCCACCUACGCGCCCAAGACAACCCUCUCUGCCUCGUCACCUCCGACCUCCCAACCCCUCCUCCGCCACCCCAAAACGACGACGUCGAAGACCCGUUCGAGCCCACGGGAUUCAUCACCGCCUUCUCCACCUGGUCCCUCGAGCCCAGCCCACUCUACCUCCGCUCCUCCCUCUCCUUCUCCGGCCACCUCGCCGAGCUCGAGCGCGUGCUCGAACUGUCCUCCGCCUCCGCCACCUCCUCCACCGUCGUGGUCGACAAUCUCAGGGCGUAUAUGCAGAUCAUCGACGUGGCUUCGAUUUUGGGAUUGGAUUAUGACAUUUCGGACCACGCGUUUCAGUUGUUCAGGGAUUGUUGCUCCACUACUUGCUUGAGGAAUCGGAGCGUUGAAGCCCUAGCUACUGCUGCUCUCGUCCAGGCCAUUAGGGAGGCCCAAGAACCCAGAACCCUUCAGGAGAUCUCAAUUGCAGCUAAUGUAGCGCAGAAGGAAAUUGGUAAGUACAUCAAGAUACUUGGGGAAGCGCUUCAACUAAGUCAGCCUAUCAACAGCAAUUCCAUAUCGGUCCACAUGCCGAGGUUUUGCACUCUCCUCCAGCUAAAUACGUCUGCUCAGAAACUUGCAACUCAUAUUGGAGAGGUUGUUAUCAACAAAUGCUUCUGCACUCGCAGAAACCCCAUUAGCAUCUCUGCGGCUGCUAUAUAUUUAGCCUGCCAGCUUGAAGACAAGCGAAAAACUCAGGCAGAGAUUUGUAAGGUGACUGGUCUUACCGAAGUCACUCUCCGGAAAGUCUACAAGGAACUCUUGGAAAAUUGGGAUGAUUUACUCCCAUCUAAUUAUACUCCGGCUGUUCCUCCAGAAAGAGCAUUUCCUACUACUGUAAUUGCUUCAGGACGAUCUUCAGCACCGAAAGCUGAUUUACCUGAACUACCAGUUUUUUUGAACAGAGAGAGGCAGCCGGAGAUAAAACCUGACAAACCAGAGGGAUUAGAUAUGAACGUUGAGCCAACCGAAGAAGAGGAUUUUGACAGUACAGUUAAUUCUCGAGUUUCACAGUCACCAGUGGUGAACCUUUCAACACUUUUGUGGCAAUCCCAGGUUCCAUUUGGUACUUCUGGAAGUGCAGCAGUACUAAAGUCACAGAAUAUUGCCGUAGCAAUGGACAUCGAUACGCCACAGAGUAACCAACACCUCGAGCACAAGUUGGACAAGGACACAAAGGGUUCUACUGGUAAUCGAAAUCCAACUUCAAGUUCGAGUUCACUUGCCAGGCAGUUUCGAUACCCACCUUCCUCAGGUUCCUCUCCAAAUGUUCAAUAUUCGCUUCCUCCAAAGCUUGGACCAGGUUACACUGAGCUUAGAGGUAGCAGGGGUCAAAAUGGAAGUGAAAAUUCCAAACAGAGUGGGGAUGCCUGAGGUGGUACAAGUGAUUCUUAUGUUGUAUAUAAGCCUAAGACGUGACACAUUAUUAGCUUCAUGAUCAAUUAAAUUUUUCCGUAAUUCGGUGCCAAAUCGAAGCACUACUUG